CCCCGGGUGAUCUGAGUCCCCAGUCUGGAGCUGAGUCAGAGAGCAGGGAGGGACGCGGGAGAGCGGCCUCUCUCCUCUCUCCCCUCCUCCUCAAACCGCUAGCUGCCUGUCCGUGCGCCGUGGCCAUGUCUUCGGUGGCGCUGGAGAUCCUGGGGCUGGGGCUGUGCAUCGUGGGCUGGGUGGGCAUGAUCGUGGCGUGCGGGUUGCCCAUGUGGCAAGUGUCCGCCUUCCUGGAGAGCAACAUCGUGACGGCGCAGACCAUCUGGCAGGGCCUGUGGAUGAACUGCGUGGUGCAGAACGGCCAGAUGCAAUGUAAGGUGUACGACUCGGUGCUGGCGCUGAAGCCCGAGGUGCAGGCGGGCCGCGCGCUCACCGUGCUAGUGGCGCUGCUGGGGCUCGUGGCGCUCAUGGUGACCGUGGCCGGCGCGCAGUGCACCACGUGCGUGGCGCCCGGCAAGGCCAAGGCGCGGGUGGCGGCCGCCGGCGGCGCCCUCUACGUGCUCUGUGGCCUCCUGGCGCUGGUGCCCCUCUGCUGGUUCGCCAACAUCGUCAUCAGCGAGUUCUACGACCCCACGGUGCCCGCGUCGCAGAAGCGGGAGAUGGGCUCGGCGCUUUACAUCGGCUGGGCAGCCACGGCGCUGUUGCUGCUCGGAGGCGGCCUCGUCUGCUGCGGCGCCUGCUCGGCCGCAGCCCGCGAGGAUCUCCCCUUCCCGGUCAAGUACUCGGCCCCGCGACGGCCCACCGUGAACGGGGACUACGACAAGAAGAACUACGUCUGAGCUGCACGAAGGGCCGGGGGAGCGCGAGGGACCGGCCUGGAGAGCAGGGCGCGGGCGCACAGACCCGGACUGCAGCCUGGCGCUCAACCUGCAGGCCCUGGGGCUGGGGGCUCGAGGGCGCGCGGGGGAUUGGGCCCCCCACGCCCCCUCCGACUGCUCAGGGCCAUCCUCUCCAAGAGUCCGGAAAACUGGGAACUAAAGAGCCAUCUGAGAACCUGUGGGAGGAUAGGGUUUGGGCUGGGAACACCUCCCCCACCCCACCCCCCCGCGAAUGCCCAGAGCCCCGAAAUAAGGGUUCAGGGGCCAGCGGUGUGGGCCCCGCAGACUGCUCGGGGAGGUCCAGGUGCCCCUGAGAACCACGGAGAACGAGCCUGAGGAGGGGGAGGGAGCCAUCCUGAUGGGCAGCCAAGGUCACGCCCCCCCCCCCCCCCUGUGUCCCACUUUGCAGCUCUUUCCUGUGGAGCCGCUGAACGAAACUGCGCCUUACUAACUCCCUACACUAACCCCCGCCAGGCGAAAGCAGCCGCGGGUUCCAGCCUUCCAGACUGUUUAUACGAAACAGAUGGUAUAUAUUUGAUACCCUUAUUUGUUUUAUACUCCAGGUGGCACAGGGUGUAGGAGGGAGAAAAGG